CCAGUCUCCUACCCGGAUGUCCUGCAAUGCACCACCGUCACCAUUUUCUCCACUGAGGAAUGUCGGAGUUUUUACCCCAAAUCCAUCACGGAUAACAUGCUGUGCGCUGGGAACCUGCAGGGGGGGCGGGAUACGUGUCAGGGCGACUCGGGCGGCCCUUUGGUCUGCAACGGCCGCCUGCACGGCAUCGUUUCGUGGGGCAUGGAGAUCUGCGGGCAGCCCCGGCGGCCCGGCGUUUACACCAAGGUCUGCCGUUACUCCCAAUGGAUCCGGGACACCAUCCGGAUCAACGCCUGAAGCCGAGGAGAGCCAAACCGAGCCGGAAACACCCGAACCGGGACCGACAGCCAACGCGCUUCUA